AAGCUGCCAAGUUGUCGAGCGUGCCGACCUCAUGGACAAAUUCGCUCGUAAACUCUUCUGCCACGACGCGGCGAUGCUAACAUCGGUAUUUGAGAUUUGUUCUCAAAUGAAACGUGCCGAUCUAGCUGCGCGCAUCAUCAGCAACUUCCGCUCCCGCGCCAACAAGAGUGAUCUGGAAAUCGCUGAGAUUGUUCUACCCCUGAUCGAAUCAAAAUCUUCCGAGCAUCCGUUUGAGGAACUCAAAGGAUGGUAAGCAGCUGCUGACGCUUGCUCUACUCUGAAUGAAUCACCACUGAUCAGCUCACAGCAUGAAUGCUGUCUUCGACAAUUGGAGAGAUCUACUCAGCUGUCAGCGUCUGGUUGAACAUAUUCCAGAACGCUGGAGGUUUUACCGUUCAUCGGAUCGCAAGGAGAUGGACGUGUGGAAAUCCGAGUCCUUCGGCAGGGAGCUGGACAGAAUGAACGGAAUUACAUCCGACCACGCCGCAGCUAUAGAGCAUAUGAUUGCUACGCGAGGUUCGGAAUGGAUGAAAAGCACCUUGCUGCCCAAAGCCAUCGAAAAGAACGUCAAGGCUAAACCAGCCUUCCCACUUUCGCUCACGAGACUACUUCUUCGAGGAGCAAAGACUCUCAGCGAUGUCGAUCGCGCGGAAGCCCUCGCGAUGCUGGCGCCCUCAACAAUCGAUGCGAUCACAUUCGCCAGCGGCGCAUUCAGGAGCUACAAAUGUUUAGUCAAUCUCAGAUCUGGCCUCGUUGCUGCGAAGCUGGAUGACGAGCUCAUGCGCUUUCAGAACAGAAUCUUGCAGCAGUGGAGGAUGUCCAAUGGCCUGGACGAUGAGGCAAAUGUGCUAUCUUUCCUCGAAGCGCUGACAGGAGACAUGGUAUCCGAAGAGUAUGCAGCAUGGUUUCGGGACAUCAUAGAGACAUAUAUCAUCCGGGUGGUGGGAUUCGAACCUGAAAAACCCCGAAAUUGGAUCAAAAGCCGCAAAGGAUGUGGCCGUUGCGACGCUUGCGACGAUGUCGAUCGGUUUCUGGUAGAUGCAGACGAGCAGACACAAUCCUUUUUCAUAGUACUAACCAUCAGGAAGCACGUCGCUUCAAGAUUUGGUGCUCAUUUCAUGGGAACUCGCAAUAUCUCAAACAAGGACGGCGAGUUCACCUUAUCGACCGAUGCCAGCACGAGCCCACACAGUCUGAAUGUCACGAAGCACCAUCAUCAGUAUAAGCAUAAUCACAUCAGAUGGGCAAGCAGAGCCGAUCGAGAGCAACGCUCUCUGAACUCUCUGGCUAUGAAAGAUCGCCUACGGACUCUCCUCGGCGCGGAGAAGACGGACGAUGUUGUCUCUCUGAGAAUCGUCACGCUCCGUCGCGACUCAUCAGGAGCGACUUCAGGAACUUACCUGGCAGACAUGCCAGAAUCUGCCGACUGCUCUGCUUCGCCAUUCGCGUCGGCUUCAUCUCAAGAGAUUCCGUUGACACGGCCGACCAACAUCCAAAGCUCUCAUGCCCCCGCUCAGCAUCCAGGAACCAAGAGGCCUGCAUCCGUGACGGCGGAUUCUGCGAAGCGGCAUGCAGUUCAGGUAGCAGAAUUUAGGUGAACACGUCGCGGUCAAAGGCUCGUCGUCUGCCUUAUUGUGCAGUCAUUGAAC